AUGAAACUAUAUGUUCUCCACGUGUCCCACAUCUGUCCCAACUCAAAUGAAUCUUGUAGAUGUCAAUGGCUUCAGCGAUCAAACGCUUGGACAUCAUUCGGGCGACGUAGACUUCGCAGAAUUACUAGGGCAAACCAGCUCCAACCAGUCGACUACGCCAAUAUUCUUAGAUACUUAUCUAAAGCCUCUCGAUUCGUCCACGGAGUUGGUGGCUUCGCAGAAGAUGCAAGAUUACGUGAUAGAUAUCAACAUCUAUCGGAAAGGCGAUAUCGAAGAUCGGGACAAGCAGGAUUAUUGGAUGGGUGCGGAGGUGCGUUGUCGUGCGACAUUCAAUGCGAACAAUCCAUUAGUGUACAAGGCAAAGUGUCUGGUGAAGUCGAUGACGCAAGAGAUACAAUUGGGUCAAAACGCAAAGCUAAUUCCAAAAAGGCGGUCACACCCAUAUGCGAGGCGAACGGCCCGUUAACAAUUACACAAUUAUUGUACGAAUAUCCUACUUGUCCUCCUCACGCGUAUUUAAAUAUUAAGGAAUUUUUUAAUAAUACAAAUUUAAAUUGGAUGUACACUGAUAGCAAAGAUGCACAACGCGACAUUAGAAAUUGGUGUGCGAAAUUAAAUUGGUGGACUUUAAAAGAUUUCGAUGAAUACUAUUCAGACCCAAAAGUAAAACCGUAUUUUAACGCGUAUAACCGAAUUCAAUCCGAAGUUUAUUACGAUGUUGACACUUCUGUAGAAAUUGCUGAUAAAUUAUUACGACAUCAAUUUAAUAACAAUACUGAAAAUAUCAAUAUUUUUUUAACAGACGUAUUAAAUGUUAUCGAUAAACGCGUACCUAAAUUAAAUACAAUAGCAAUUCACGCAGAACCCAAUGCGGGUAAAAAUUAUUUUUUCGAUCCAAUAGCCGCUUUUUUUAUUAACUACGGUAGUAUUGGAACAGCUAAUAAAACUAAUCAGUUUGCAUUUCAAGAGGCUGCAGGUAAAAGGUUAGUUCUAUGGAACGAACCUAAUUACGAAGCCGUUCAUAUAGAAAAAUUAAAAGAAUUAUUAGCUGGUGACACUACUAGAGUUCACGUAAAAUAUCAAGGCGACGCUCCGUUACAAGGUCCACCAAUAAUAAUACUAACUAAUGACAUGUUGUCCAUCUUUGGUAUGAGUGCAUUUCAAAGUAGAAUAAGAUUGUAUCAUUGGAAAUCUGCUCCAUUCUUACGCGAUUACACUAUUGUCACCAGCUAAUAAUUCUUUUAAUUUUUCUAUAUGAACGGCUCGUCCGUUCAAAAAGGGUUUAUUCAGCAGAUUCCUUUAAUUUUAAUAUAAUAUGUUGUAAAUAGCUGUAACAUAUAACAAUGUAGUAAGACGUGAUCGUGUGACUCGACUACACUAACUGUGAUCUACUUUGGUCUGUUAUUUUUAUUUCUUAAAAAUUGAUAUACAAAAAUUGAAAAAUGUUUAAGUCAAAAAAUCAACAAUGCAAUACGAAGGAUGUAAAAGUGUAUUUUUUAACUAAUUGUUUUAAAGUUAAUUUAUUGGAAGCUAAAAAAA